GCGCUGCAUGUAGGGUUGACGGCGGACCGCCUCCUGUUUGAGCAGGAGGACCGACGUCAGUGUUUGUGCUAUUCUGUGGAAGAUGGCGGAGGCUGCGGCGGUUCCACAGCAUCGGUUCUUCUGUCACUGUUGUAAAGGUGAAGUCAACCCCAAACUCCCGGAGUAUAUAUGUCCCAGAUGUGACUCAGGGUUCAUAGAGGAAGUGACAGAAGACUCCAGUCUGCUGGAGGGUGGUGCUAAUGGGAUCAGCGAUGACACGGCUACACAGUUUGCAGAGCUCUGGCACCUGCUGUUUGUGGAGCGGCCGUUCACGGUAGACUCCGACCCCUCCGGCCUGGAUUCGCGCGGUCUGGGUGGCCUGGGCGGCCUGGGCGGCCUUGGAGGCCUUGGAGGCGGUCCCAUCGGGGGCUUGGGCGGGCCCCUGGGGACGUCGCUGGGAGGCAGCGAGCACUGGGGGCCCGGACGCCCCCCUCGCCUGCACAGUCAGAGGAGGUACCGGUCCCGGGGCAGCAGUAGGCCCGACCGCUCACCGGCCGUGGAAGGGAUAGUACAGCAGUUUUUGGCUGGUCUGUUUGCCAACUCUGGCGUUCCUGGCUCUCCUCCGCUAUCAUGGACGGGUAUGCUACACUCAAACCCUGGGGACUACGCCUGGGGUCAGGGAGGACUAGACGCCGUCAUCACACAGUUGUUGGGUCAGUUCGAGAACACGGGUCCCCCUCCGGCAGAGAAAGAGAAAAUCUCCUCCCUCCCCACGGUCAUCGUCUCUCAGGAACAAGCUGACUCUAGUUUGGAGUGCCCGGUGUGCAAGGAAGACUACUCAGUGGGUGAGCCCGUCAGGCAGCUCCCCUGCAACCACUUCUUCCACAGCGACUGCAUAGUGCCCUGGCUGGAACUGCACGACACGUGUCCGGUGUGCAGAAAGAGCCUGAACGGGGAGGACAGCAGCACCCAGCAGUCCCCGGAGCCCCACUCCCUCAACACGGACCCCCGCACACAGGAGAGAUGGUCCUUCUGAGAGUCGCUCUCUCACCCCGUCCCGCUCCCUCACCCUGAGCCGCAGGAGGCACGAGCGCACGAGACCGUCGCCUCAUGCGUUCGUCUCCCCUCACCUCCCCUCACUCGUUCGUAAGAAAGAUGAGCCCUCUGGGAGCUUUAUCUCAGCCUCAUCCCUCCAUCUUUCUCUCUCCUUCUCCCCCCACAUGCAGAGAUUGGCCUUUUUUCCGAGAUUAAGCUCUUACCUCAGUCUUACUCCCUUUCUGUAUGUCUGACGGUCACUGCACAUGAAAGACAUUACAUUACAUUACAUUUAUUUAAGACCUGAAUCCUUUCCUUUAAUUCUCUAUCCUUCUCUUCUCUCUCUUUUUGGUCAUGUCCAUAGGACUGCUGUGAGAUUAAUGUCCAUCUCUGUCCAUCCCUCUCUUCUCCACCUAUCUGUUGUGGUUUUUUCACGUUCUCUCAGUCGCCCACCCCCCACCCCCUCCCCCCCUUGUCCUGCCGUGGAGUAUUGGAGGAAGCCAGUACUUUGAAAGGCUCCUCCCACCUCAGCUGACUGCAUCCGCUCCAGUAGGACGUUCUUAAUGAAUCCCCUCCCGUCGCCACGCCCACAUCCAGUUACUGAAUCGGUUACUGAACCCGUCUCACUGUCUGUCCUGUCUCCUUCCAGAACCCUGCAGUAUGCUCCAAUGCAGGGGUGCCUGACCUUACCCAAGAAGGGCCGGUGUGGCUGCGGGCUUGUGCUGUAGCCCAUUGUCCAGCCAAUGAAACCAUUGUGCUCGUGAUCAGUCGAAUCGGGUGUUUUGGCGCUGGCUGCAAACACACAGCCUGCGUCCACACCAGCCCUUUUUUCGGGUGAGGCGACCCCUCGCUCUAACGUAUAUAUACUCAGUGCAGCUGCCUGGCAAUAACUCCCACUAACUUCACCUGUCUCCAGAACCAUGUCUGGCUGAGCUCACCCUGAGUCCCUCACCUGUAUCCAGUCUGAGCAGUAUCCAUCCGCCUGUGGUCCACCGCACUGUAGCCUCCUGACCCCACAGUGGCUCUCCCUGUCCCUUUGAGAAUGCACUCACACCGUCUCCAUCCCCCUUCAGCCGCACUCUCGCCGGUGUACAUAUUACAACCACAGAUCUUCAGCCAUUCAUUUCUCCGAUUGACAGAUUUUUCUUUUGUUUCUCAUUUCUAUCGCUCUAUUUUUUUAAUGUAAAUAAUUUUAGUCCGACGAACUUCUGGUUUAAAAAAACAAAAACAAAAAAAAACUAAGCGAGCAAAUGUAUUGAUGAUGAUAAAUGGUGGAUCCCUAAAUAUUACAGAAGUAUAUAUAUUAUAUAUAUGAUAAAAUGUGUAUGACAAUGUAUUAAUAAAAAAAAUAAAAAUCCGUAACACAUUGAUCACACUGUGAAUGAAUUCUUCAGGGAAACAAAAUCUGAAAAUAAAAAAAGUACAUUCUUCA